ACAGUCCUACCACUCGGCCCCGGCCGAAACUUCCCUGGCUUCGAAGUGGAUGGGCAGCAGUGCCAGCCGAUCGCCAGGGGGUGGGCGGUCCCAGGAAGACAGGUACAGCUAGGUGCGGCGAGCGAGUCUGCGCAAGCUUGCCUGGCAUCAGGGCUGGGGUUUGUGCGGGUGUGUGUGAACAGGCUAGCGCGGCUGCCACUCCACUCCCCUCCCCAAAGGGAAAGAAAGGAGCAUUGGCUCUAGUGCUCUUUUCCCCUCGACUCUCAGAUUCUCUCUCCCUCUCUCUUUCUGUCUCUCUUCCUUCCCACUGGAAACUCCUUACUUGAAGCUGCCUUAUUCAAAGCACACUAGGAAAGUGCCCCAGGGAGGGAAAGGAUGCAUGGAUGGGUUAGUUUACGUCUCAGUUGGGGAUUACUGAGGCUGGACCCGGCAUUAGAGGGAAACCCAUUCUGGUUCAGCUGUCCUUGCCGGUCUGACUCUCCUUGGGGUUGUUUGCAUAGGACUUUAUUGGAGAAUUGUUUUGAGAUCUUGGGCAAGAGCUUGUUUUGGGAGCCUCAGUUUCCUUUAUAGUGAAUCCUGGCCGUUAUAAAGAUGUGGUCCAAUGAUGAGCGGGAGAGGGAAGAGUGAUUUGUCCAAGCCAGCUGAAUGGGGUAGGGCUUUCCUAUCUGCAGUGUCUGGAAGGAAGUAGCAUUCAGCUCCAGAGUUAGCCCCCACCCUAGGGAGUUGUGGAACCUGCUGAGACCAUUUGGCUGACAGAGAAGUGAAUCUUUUGAGAGGGGGUGAUUCCAAAGAGCAGUCUGCCCUCCUGUGUGCUUGGGCUUUGUUGAUGGAGAGGGGCUUAAGGUAAAAAGCCCAAGGCCAGCCUGUCAGAGUACAUAGAAGGGCUACCUUUGUUGGUUGGUUUGUUUGUUUGUUCGUUUGCCUCGUUCCUUGUCUGGAGUGAGUCAUUACCACUUGUCCGUCCCGGUGAAACGGCAAAUCUGGGCUUCCCGUGGUUCCAAAAGUCUGUGACUGGAAAGCCACAAGUGAGCUGGUGGUUGAAGCUCAGCCCGACGAUUCCAGAAGGGCUUGUGGAGCUCUUCCACAGGAAGCAGGAGAGAGUUAGUAAAUAAACUUCACGUGUCUUCAGCAUUUAUUUUCAAAAGAGACAGUCAUUGGACCUGGGUGAGGACCAAGUGAACUCUUUUUUGCUCACUCUGAGUCAGGACGGGUUCAAGAAGAAAUCAGUUCCUUUUGUCUUUUUCUGUCCUCUCUCCCCCUCCAUUUCCUACCCCAGACCCACUCACUCACUCACUCACUCACUCACUCACUCACUCGCACGAAUGUAAUAACCUUGAAGCUGAAGAGAUUGAGUGACUGGCUCUUAAGACCACAGAGAAAUAUCUGAGGGUUUGGUUACAGAGUCAAAGAAACCUCACAUUUUAAAGUGCACAUUUGGUUUUAAAGCAAAAUUUUGGACUGUGAAGCAAGGCACUGGGCAAACACAACAUGGCCUCCCCGGCUGACAGCUGUAUCCAGUUUACCCGGCACGCUAGUGAUGUUCUUCUCAACCUUAAUCGCCUCCGGAGUCGGGACAUCUUGACGGACGUUGUCAUCGUGGUGAGCCGUGAGCAGUUUAGAGCCCAUAAGACAGUGCUCAUGGCCUGCAGCGGCCUGUUCUACAGUAUCUUCACUGACCAGUUGAAAUGCAACCUUAGUGUAAUCAAUCUAGAUCCUGAAAUCAGCCCUGAGGGGUUUUGCAUCCUCCUGGACUUCAUGUACACAUCUAGGCUCAACCUGAGGGAAGGCAAUAUCAUGGCGGUGAUGACCACAGCCAUGUACCUGCAGAUGGAGCAUGUUGUCGACACAUGCAGGAAGUUCAUCAAGGCCAGUGAAGCAGAAAUGGCCCCUGCACUUAAACCUCCCCGUGAAGAGUUCCUGAACAGCCGGAUGCUGAUGCCCCAUGACAUCAUGGCCUACCGAGGUCGUGAGGUCGUGGAGAACAAUAUGCCACUGAGAAAUACUCCCGGGUGUGAGAGCAGAGCUUUUGCUCCUCCUCUGUACAGUGGCCUGUCAACACCACCAGCCUCUUAUCCCAUGUACAGCCAUCUCCCGCUCAGCACCUUCCUCUUCUCUGAUGAGGAGCUCCGAGAUGCCCCCCGAAUGCCUGUGGCCAACCCUUUUCCCAAGGAGCGUGCCCUCCCCUGCGACAGUGCCAGGCAAGUCCCUAAUGAGUAUAGCAGGCCAGCCAUGGAGGUGUCCCCCAGUUUGUGUCACAGCAACAUCUACUCGCCCAAGGAGGCAGUCCCAGAGGAGGCUCGGAGUGACAUACACUACAGUGUGCCUGAGGGCCCCAAGCCUGCUGUCCCUUCUGCUCGGAAUGCUCCAUACUUCCCCUGUGACAAAGCCAGCAAAGAAGAAGAGAGACCUUCUUCGGAGGAUGAGAUUGCCCUGCAUUUCGAGCCCCCCAAUGCACCCUUGAACCGGAAGGGUCUGGUUAGUCCCCAGAGUCCCCAGAAAUCCGACUGCCAGCCCAACUCACCCACAGAGUCCUGCAGCAGCAAGAACGCCUGCAUCCUUCAGGCCUCUGGCUCUCCGCCAGCCAAGAGCCCCACUGACCCGAAAGCCUGCAACUGGAAGAAGUAUAAGUUCAUCGUUCUCAACAGCCUCAAUCAGAAUGCCAAACCCGAGGGCUCUGAGCAGGCAGAGCUGGGUCGCCUCUCCCCUCGAGCCUACCCUGCACCGCCCGCUUGCCAGCCGCCUAUGGAGCCCGCGAACCUUGAUCUCCAGUCCCCGACCAAGCUCAGUGCCAGUGGGGAGGACUCUACCAUCCCCCAAGCCAGCCGGCUCAAUAAUCUCGUGAACAGGUCCCUGGCAGGCUCCCCCCGAAGCAGCAGUGAGAGUCACUCACCACUCUACAUGCACCCCCCAAAGUGCACAUCCUGCGGCUCUCAGUCCCCACAGCAUACAGAGAUGUGCCUCCAUACUGCUGGGCCCACGUUCCCGGAGGAGAUGGGGGAAACCCAGUCAGAGUAUUCGGAUUCUAGCUGUGAGAAUGGGACCUUCUUCUGCAACGAAUGUGACUGCCGUUUCUCUGAGGAGGCCUCGCUCAAGAGGCACACGCUGCAGACGCACAGUGACAAACCAUACAAAUGUGAUCGCUGCCAGGCCUCCUUCCGCUACAAGGGCAACCUCGCCAGCCACAAGACUGUCCACACGGGUGAGAAACCCUAUCGCUGUAACAUUUGUGGAGCGCAGUUCAAUCGGCCAGCCAACCUGAAGACCCACACUCGAAUUCACUCUGGAGAAAAGCCCUACAAAUGUGAAACCUGUGGGGCCAGGUUUGUUCAGGUGGCCCACCUCCGUGCCCACGUGCUCAUCCACACUGGAGAGAAGCCGUACCCCUGUGAAAUCUGUGGCACUCGCUUCCGGCACCUUCAGACUCUGAAGAGCCAUCUGCGCAUCCACACAGGAGAGAAACCUUACCAUUGUGAGAAGUGUAACCUGCACUUUCGUCACAAAAGCCAACUGCGACUUCAUUUGCGCCAGAAGCACGGCGCCAUCACCAACACCAAGGUGCAAUACCGCGUGUCGGCCGCUGACCUGCCUCCGGAGCUCCCCAAAGCCUGCUGAAUGAAGCAUGGAGUGUUCCUCGCCCUUUCCUCUCCAGCCCCUUCUCAGAAUCUACCCAAAGGAUGCUGUAACACUUUAUACAAAGGUCAUCCCAUGAUGUAGUGCCUCUCUCAUCCACUAGUGCAAAUCAUAGUUGGGGUGGGGGUGGGGGUGGGGUUUGCGGGACCGGGAGCCAAGGCAGCUCCCCUUCCCACACUGCCAUAAAACAUUAAGAAAAUACUAUUGCUUCUUCUCCUAUGUGUAAGGCAAACCCUGUCAGCAAAAAGCAAAUUCAUUUUCUAUAUCAAAGUAGGGGAGAAUGCAGAAGUUCUGACUUGACAGGUUGCAACCGAGGAAUGUAAAUGAUGUGUGGGAACAGAGGUCUCUUUUGUAUGUAAAUGUGUAUUGUUUUAAAAGACAAGACUUCAGUAUGCUGUCAAAGAGAAGGCUUUAAUUUUUUUAACCAAAGGUGAAGGAAUAUAUGGCAGAGUUGUAAAUAUAUAAAUAUAUAUAUAUAUAAUAUAAAUAUAUAAACCUAAAAAGAUAUAUUGAAAAUAUAAAACUGUGUUAAAGGCUCGAUUUUGUAUCUGCAGGCAGACACGGAUCUGAGAAUCUUUAUUGAGAAAGAGCACUUAAGAGACUAUUUUAAGUAUUGCGUCUGUAUAAGUAAGAAAAUAUUUUGUCUAAAAUGCCUCCGUGUAUUUGUAUUUUUUUGCAAGUGAAGGUUUACAAAUUUACAAAGUGUGUAUUAAAAACAAAAAGAACAAAAAAAAAAGCUGCAGAAGGAGAAAUGUAUACUUUUGUUCCAGUUUUCAGUUUGUACAUACCUGUAAUGUGUCCUCACGGUGCCUUUUUACACGGAAGUUUUCAAUGAUGGACGGGUGUGCGCCAUCCCUUUUUGAAGUGUAGGCAGACACAGGGACUUGAAGUUGUCACUAACUAAACUCUCUUUGGGAAUGUUUGACUCCUCCCACAUUCUGCGUCAUGCUUGUCGUUAUAAUUACUCCGGAGACAGGGUUUGGCUGUGUCUAAACUGCAUUAGUGCGUUGUAAAAUAGAGCUGUACAAAACAUAAGAAUAAAACAUUGAAAAGUC